UAGUCUUAAAUUACUAGAAUUCACUGUUAAAAAAUACAGUGACAAACAAUGUUAGCUGUCAUUUGGCGCUAGUGCUGCGUGAAAUACCGUUAGAGUGAAGGAGAUGUAUAUAGUGCUUAUUUAUGACAAAUAUUUACGAUUUCGUCAAGGGGGGUGAGUCAAAGCUGUCAGAUUGUCAGAAUAUAAAGAUAAAAGUUUAGCUUUAAUUUAGGUGUGGUACACUGCCAAUUUUAGUGAAAAUACAGCAAUGUCGGCUACUCUGAAACCAUAUCUAACGGCCGUGCGCCAUACGCUAACUGCCGCGAUGUGCUUAGAGCAUUUCUCAUCGCAGGUUGUGGAGCGAUACAACAAACCAGAGGUCGAGGUUAGAACGAGUAAAGAACUCUUGCUGAAUCCCGUCGUCAUAUCUCGUAAUGCCAACGAGAAAGUGCUGAUAGAGUCUUCCAUAAACUCUAUUAGAGUGAGUAUUAUGAUCAAACAGGCUGAUGAGAUCGAAAAGAUCUUGUGUAAGAAGUUCAUGCGUUUCAUGAUGAUGCGAGCAGAGAACUUCAUCGUUUUGAGGCGGAAACCGGUCGACGGCUACAACAUCAGCUUCCUGAUUACGAAUUUCCACACGGAACAGAUGUUCAAGCACAAAUUAGUGGAUUUCGUUAUAUAUUUCAUGGAAGAAAUUGAUAAGGAAAUCAGUGAAAUGAAAUUGGCCGUUAACGCUCGGGCGCGUAUUUGUUCCGAGGAGUUUUUGAAGCGCUUCUAGUUGUAUUAUACCAGUAUAGAGUAUGAUGAGGCUGCCAGAGCCCCAAGCUUAGUUCCCACCCUUCAACUCCUUUAAGCUCAAAUGUGGGUGAGGCAUGGGCCUUAUUGUGGUGCACUUGGUACUUGAUUAUUUAGUGACUGAUGUGAUUCUUAAUUUAUAUUCGUAAUUAUGUUACAUGACAAGCAAAGCUCUGUGGGUAUUUUGAUAAUGUUUGGUAGUCCAAGGGCUGUUGAAAGAUAGAAUGAUGUUAUUCCGUUGCUUAGGGCUGAUACAUACAGAUGAAGAUCAAUCGAACUGCAACUCUAGCAGCAGUCAGUAUGUAUCAACCUUUAUAAUCAUCCUGUUACUUUGCUUGGUAAGUAUAAAAGUACACCAUAUAUGUAGGCCUCUAAAAACUGUUCAGAAUUUUGUCACAUUUUAGUUUAAAAGCUACUAUAAGUUAGCUAUAAAAGCAUGCCAAAAUGGGGAAUAUAAUGUUUUAUCUUUUCCUUUUUCCUGGUUGUCAUAAUAUGUUAUAAUAUAUGUUUAUUACCAGUGAGGCCCAUAACUUAUUGGACUAACUUGUUUCAUUAUUGAAGCAACAAAGGCAAAAAAGAAGUGGCACCACCAUUUCAGUAUUUAUUUUUAUACUUAAAUAUACUUAUCAACUUUGAUGUAGCAAAUAAUUAUCUUCACCAACUUAAUUUGCUAUCAUAUUACUUUCCUUGAGUUAUUUGGCAGUGUGGUUUAGCUUAAGUAAGCUUACCUACUCCUCAGAAACGAAUGGAAAAUCAUUUAAUUACCUUAAAGUAACAUGAAAUUGUAUACUAAUCUAAACACAAUCAUUUAAAUGUUUUUUUUAAGGAAAAAGGAAUCCCCCCUCCCCUCCCCCCUCUCUGAUCUCCAAAGUUUACCAAUUUUCUUAACCAUCUAAGACUUAUAGCAUAUUAAAUUAAACUUUGAUCUCUUCUUUAUGUCCCACAGAGUUUUGCUUAAUAUAUACUCCCUUAUUACUCAUUUUUUUCUCUUUUUUUUACAAAUAUAAGUGAAAUCAACAGGUAUUUAACAUAGGUUUAGCCAAUGUUUAUAAUAAUUGUAUGAAUUUUAUAAAAAAUAAUUUUAUUCAGUAAUUUGCUUUCCAAACUAUGUGAUGGUACUCAUUCCUAACAUAAGGCAUUUUGUAGGAUUUUAAUUGUAUAUUAUGUUAGCAAAUUAUGUGUCUAUGUCUAAAUUAAUAGCUACAUAAAAAUUACAAGAGUUUUUAAACCUUUGACCACAAUGUCAACUAAUAUGCACAACUUCAGGCCAAGCUCAACCAUAGCGCAUGUUACCAAGGUUCACAAUCACAUGCUGUAAGUUUGCCAGAUAUACAGGGUGGUCCAAACCUUGACGUCAAGAAUUUUUGUUUAGAUUCCGCACAUCAUGGGCUAUCAGAAUAUACCCCAUGUAUAAUAGCCGAUUUUAUGUAGUUUACGAGUUACGAAUUUUUGAUUUU